GUAGGUCGAGAGGGGUGGUGAUUUGAAUAGGAACUUCUCCGAUGUGAAUUGGGAAAAGUGGCAUGAGUAUUUAAUAUACUGAUCUACUUAUGACGUCGAUACCUCGUAAUUAGGCUCGUGGUUUGACGGCUACAUAUAUCUGGUGCGACUUACCAUUGCAACUUAAUAGGCCAAGACUCGAACUUCUAAGAAUCAAAAAAUGUCUCGCCCACCAAAUCAGAAGAAUCAGAAUAAUAAACCCUCAUGGCAGGAAGUACAACAAGCUCGCCUCCAAUACAAUGCCGAAAAGUUACCAAUGGUGACGUGAAAUAUCUACAGCCUCUGGCGGAUGGAGAUGGUAUAUAUCAACCACCAAAAGAAUCACAGACGGCUCUUCAACAACAUACCGCCUUCUUCGAUCGCGACAAUGAUGGUAUCAUAUGGCCAUGGGACGUAUACAACGGGUUCCGUGAACUAGGAUUCUGCAUCCUCUUCUCGCUGGGCUCCUUACUCAUCCCCGUAUUCUUCUCCUACCCCACGCGAAUGGGCCGAUCAUGGAUUCCAGAUCCCCUACUACGUAUAUACGUCGACGACAUCCACAAAGCGAAGCACGGUUCAGAUUCCGGCAUAUAUGACUUUGACGGGAAAUUUGAUGCCGAGAAAUUCGAUCACGUGUUUGAUCGAUUUGAUACGUCGGGCACUGGGGGCUUGAGUGUGGGUGAUUUGGCUGAAUUGUUGAAGAAGGACCGUUGCGCCGCGGAUCCGGCAGGUUGGAGUUUCGCUUUUAUGGAGUGGUGGACAACAUGGCUUCUUCUGCAGAAGGAUGGUAGAGUAUGGAAGGAUGAUUUAAGGGCCUGUUAUGAGGGGUCACUUUUCUGGAAGAUAAGCGAGGAGAGGUCUAAGGGGAAAGAAUGGCAGAAAGGCUACGGCGUUAUUGAAUUCUUGAACGGCAUGUUGUCUAGUGGCACUUGGAGAUACUGGGAGAUACGAGGCAAGUAGAGAAGAUCCAGGAAAGGAAAACGGUUAAUUUCCAGUACGGGAGAACACAUUGAAAACUCCUAUUAAUUUAUGAUGUGUCUAACCAGCGCCAACACUCUUUAACGCCAAUCCACUGACGAAUAGAU